AUGGCAGAACAAAUUCCAGCUCCAAAACCGUUGAAACUCGGCAGCGUUGAAAAUUGGCGGCGUUGGAAGAAAGCCUUUGAGCUAUACAUGACCGCUACUGAGAAAGACAAAAAGUCACAGAAAAUACAGUGUGCAACGUUUUUGACCCUGGCUGGCGAAGCAGCGAUUACAGUUUACGAAACACUCACGUUUGAAGAUACAGAAAAAGAUAAAAUCGAGCCGUUAGUAGCGAAAUUUGAAGCGUAUUGUCUUCCAAAGAAAAAUUUCACGCACGAAAGGCGUUUGUUCGGUAAAGCAAUUUGUGACGGAACUGAAACGAUUAGCAAAGAACUGUGA